AUGCCUCCUGUUUCAGAGUCAGAGACUGAUUGCUCCGUGACUCUGUUUUUGUACGACCCAACAUGGCCUAAGAGUAGUGAUGAUGCCAAGAUAUCAUGUACUGAGGAAAAAGAGACCUCGCUGAUGAAGCUUAAGCUUCUCUCGAAUGAAGGAAGAGAAGAGGAGGAGAAGUACGGCGUCUCGACAGAGUUAACUCUCUUCACCGAUCCAUGGACCAUCAAGAAGAAACUGACUAUAAGCGAUCGUAGCCACCUAAACCGUCUUCUUCUAAAUGCCAGAACCGUCGAUAGCCACUUAGUGAGAUAUCUCCCUGAGGGUCACCGAAAGAUGGUCCAAGAAGGCUCGGGGUUAACAGUCGACGUGUAUGAUCACGAUACUGAGUCUACGCACCAGAUGCUUCUAACGAAACUGACCAAGCGUGGAUCCUAUGUUCUCACCGGUGGAUGGUUUCUUGAUUUUGUCAUCAGGAGGGGUUUGAAGAAGAAAGAUGAGAUUGGAAUGUACUGGGAUCGUUCGGAUUCGAAGCUUCAUUUCUGCGUGCUUUCUCGUGCGCCGUCUGGAGUCAGCUCAGGUUCUGUUCUUGCGGUGCCAUCUCAGGCACCAACAGGAGUUAGCUCAGGGUCUGUCACAAUAACAUCCUACGCACCCCUUCUUGCAGAUCCAUAG